AGUACCCACUUCCUGUAAUAACAUCACAGAGCUCCAAAUAACACAGGCUUGUCAAACAGAACACCUAGCCUGUUUAAAGCGUGUUUACUUUACUUUUAUCGUUUUGAUGUAUCUCGCGUUGUUCUCCGCGUUGGCAUGUUUAUCGAUAUGUCAUAGUUUGACCAAAGAGGGUGAGCAGAAGAACCACUGUGACGUCCUGAAGCAGCUGCUUGAAUCCUCUUCUGUUUCAGUCGAGCUCAGGAAAAACGGUUUUCACAGGGAGCUGGUGACCUCUGUGGAGCUCAGGUCUGAUGAUCUCAGAGGGAUCAGAGUCCUGCUGGUUCAUAGGUGGCCCAGAGGAGUCUACGUUGAUCCAUACGAGCUCUCAUCUCUGAGGGAUCAGAGGGACUGGCAGAUAUUAAUAGAUUCAACGAUUGACCUGGAGCUUCCUGCUCACAAGACGUCAGGUUUCGUCACCUAUGUGUAUCCUGCUCCUGACGGAUCGACUCCCAGCCUACUGACAGUAACGAUCCCCGUCCAUGCUCGAUAUCACGAGCCGUCUAUUGAUGGAAAAACAUUUACAACCAUAGAUAUAAAACCUCCAGAGCUGCUGCUGCGGACUGAAGAAUGCUUGCAGCUUGACAGCUCAGAGUCCACCUCUGUCGUGGAGGCUCCGUGUACAUCAGACAAUUCCAGCACAUGUGCAUGGCUUCAACGUCAUCAGCUGCAGGACCAGAUCUCUGUGAGCUUACAGGUCCCAGUUGGUGACAGAUCUCUGGUGGUUCCUGUAUCUACAGUAACUCUGCUGGUCACAAUGAUCUGCUGUGUGGGACUGUCCAAAUAUAUGUGGAAACAUCGGAUUAAACAGUGACUGCAAACAUAUGUAGUUGUUUUAACUCAGGGUCUUAUAAUAAAAACAAUUUGUCAAAAUCA